GCCAUCGUGCGCUACCGGCACCUGAGGAGCAAGGUGACCAACAUCUUCAUCGUGUCCCUGGCUGUCUCUGACCUGCUGGUGGCUCUGCUCGUCAUGCCUUGGAAGGCGGUGGCUGAGGUGGCGGGGUACUGGCCUUUUGGGGCUUUCUGCAACAUCUGGGUGGCCUUCGAUAUAAUGUGCUCCACGGCCUCCAUCCUGAACCUGUGCGUGAUUAGCGUGGACAGGUACUGGGCUAUUUCCAGCCCGUUCCGCUAUGAGAGGAAGAUGACCCAACGGUUGGCUCUGGUGAUGAUUAGCGUGGCAUGGGCUUUAUCUGUGCUCAUCUCUUUCAUCCCUGUCCAGCUCAACUGGCACAAAGGUGGGGACGUUGUUGCUGCUGGUGAUAUUGGAGAUGGAUUUGGCACCGGCUGGGCAGCAGCGGGUGCUGUCACCACCUGGGCUGAAGACAUGAGCACCACGUGGGUGGCAUUAGCAGCAAUGAGACCCUCUGAUGGGACCUCUGGCAGCAACGAUACCCUCACCCGACCAUCAGAGAGCUGUGACUCCAGCCUCAACAGGACUUACGCUAUUUCCUCCUCCUUGAUCAGUUUUUAUAUUCCAGUGGCUAUCAUGAUAGUUACCUACACGCGAAUCUACCGCAUUGCCCAGGUGCAGAUUCGUCGCAUCUCUUCCCUGGAGAGGGCAGCGGAGCACGCGCAGAGCUGCCGGAGCAGCCAUGUUGACUGCCACCAUCACACAAGCCUCAAGUCCUCCAUCAGGAAAGAGACCAAGGUGUUGAAGACUCUCUCUGUCAUCAUGGGUGUCUUUGUCUGCUGCUGGUUGCCAUUCUUCAUCUUGAACUGCAUGGUUCCCUUCUGUGAGAGCCCACCCAGUGACCCCCAUGCUGGCCUUCCCUGUGUCAGUGAGACCACCUUUAAUAUCUUCGUCUGGUUUGGUUGGGCUAACUCCUCUCUCAACCCCAUCAUCUAUGCCUUCAAUGCCGACUUUAGAAAGGUCUUCUCCAACCUUCUGGGAUGUGGUCAGUUUUGCUCUAGUACUCCAGUGGAGACUGUUAAUAUAAGCAACGAGCUGAUCUCUUACAACCAGGACACCCUUUUCCAUAAGGAGAUAGUGACUGCUUAUGUUAACAUGAUCCCAAAUGUGGUUGACUGUGAGGGAAACCGCGAGGACCCUUUUGAUAGGAUGUCCCAGCUCUCCCCUGACCACGAGAUUGCCACUGACUCUGUCUGUGAGCUGGACUGUGAGGGGGAGAUUUCACUAGGCAAAAUAACACCUUUCACUCCAAAUGGUUUACAUUAAAUUGCCUCCUGUCCUGGUCAGAUCUUCUUGGAUUAUACAACAGAAUAGCACUGAGUGGAAAAACCUGCUUGAUUUUAUGCUGUAGUUUUGUCAGUCACUUCAUGCUAAACUCACUUUUAUGUGUAGUACUUUGCAGGAUGUAGACACUGUCAUACAGGGAGCUGGCAGCACAAAUUUAUUUCAGCAUUUCCCCAGGCUGAGAGAGGACCAGGCAGUCUCGUUGAUUAGUUGUGGUGAGGUAUUGUGAUAUAAUUACAGUCAGUUCAUGUUUAUAACGUGUUUGCAGAUGAAAGGUGCCAUUGUCACUGCUAAGUAUUACAACUUCUGCAAUCAGGGAAAGAUGUGGCUGGCAUAGACAUUAAAUAGAAAAAAAACAUAGGCUGUUCGUUUGUUCAGAUCUUAUGUUUCUUUUUCUCUUUUGGUUUUUUUCCUUUUUUUUUGUUUUGUUUUGUUUUUUAAGAUAGCAAUAGUGAGGUGGUGAUUUGGAUGAUUAUUUAAAUGCGUGUUUCUGCCAAAACAGUUUAUGUGAAACAUGUUCUCCUAGGCGGCGUUGUUGCCUAUGAUAUCCUUGCCAUGUUCCCAGAUGAAUAAAUAAAAGUUACAUUGAUC